AUGCUUCGGACGUGUAAUGUUGUGGCACGAAGGCGUAGAAAAGAAGGUCGACCAAGACGUCAACGAACAACAUUCAGCAGUGAACAGACGUUACGUUUGGAAAUCGAGUAUCAAAGAUCGGAAUACAUAAGUAGGGGAAGGAGAUGCGAGUUAGCCGAAUCUUUACAAUUAUCCGAAACGCAAAUCAAAAUUUGGUUUCAAAAUCGCAGGGCUAAAGACAAAAGAAUAGAGAAGGCCCAAUUAGACCAUCAUUAUAGAAAAUUAUUGGGGGCCUUUUCUACAUUUUGUCCUGUAUGUAUCGAUAGCCCGUGCCUACACAUCACGCCAAAUUCAUCGGUGCUACAAUCGACCAUGCCAUUGAAUUCUCCUGCAGCAAUACCAAAUAAUUCUCACAAUUUUGCUGGUCAUAACAGUGAUUUUAGUGAUAUUGACGUUAAAUGAAACCACAGCGGGUCAAAAGUGCGCAAAUAAGUGAACAUCACUUGCGACAAUAAGGAAUUGAUCGCUAAAAUACAGAAUGGUGUAUAUUAUGUCAGUGAUUUUCACAUAAUAUGAGGGUUUUUAACACUAUUAGAAUUCAUUGCUAUUAGGUAACUAUAGAGGAAA